CUGGAAGGGGCUGGGCUCUAUUGGGGGCCACUGAGCGCCGCUCCUGGACUGGGGCUCGGUACGGGAGCCUAACGGGGGCGUCUGGACGGCGGGGUCUAGAGACUCCCGGGUCCGAGGCGGGAGGGGUGGGGGCAGAGAUCCCGCAGCCCCCCGCCCCCCGUCAGCCCCGGAGAGGAGAGGAGAUCUGCCUUCUGGGUUUUGCUUCUCUUUCCCCCCACCCCCACCCUGGGGGCUGGGGCGAGGGGAGUCGGGUUACAGGGUGUUUGGGGAGGGGGGCUUAGGGGGAGGGUCUAUCUUUCUAUCUCGCUUUCUUCCCCCCUCCCCAGUUCUUUGUUCCCCCUCCCCACACACCCCCCUCCUCUCCUCUCCCCUCCCCUCCUCUCUCCUCUUUUCCCUUCCACCACCUCUCUCUCUCUCCCUCUCUCUCUCUCCCCCAGCUUUUGUUUCGCCAUGCCUAGUCUAGUGGUAUCUGGAAUAAUGGAAAGAAAUGGGGGCUUUGGAGAACUAGGAUGUUUCGGGGGAAGCGCUAAGGACCGAGGGCUGCUGGAAGACGAGCGCGCCCUUCAGCUGGCUCUCGAUCAACUCUGCCUCCUGGGUUUGGGGGAGCCCCCCGCCCCCACGGCGGGCGAGGACGGGGGAGGUGGGGGGGGCGGCGCCCCCGCGCCGCAGGCCGCCCCCCCGCAGCCGGCCCCGCCGCCGCCGCCGGCGGCGCCCCCGGCCGCCCCGACGGCGGCCCCCGCGGCGCAGACGCCCCAGCCCCCCACCGCCCCCAAAGGGACCAGCGAUGCCAAGCUCUGCGCUCUCUACAAAGAGGCCGAGCUGCGCCUAAAGGGCAGCAGCAACACCACCGAGUGUGUACCCGUGCCCACCUCCGAGCACGUGGCCGAGAUCGUGGGCAGGCAAGGCUGCAAGAUUAAGGCUCUGAGGGCCAAGACCAACACCUACAUCAAGACGCCUGUGCGAGGCGAAGAGCCAGUGUUCAUGGUGACCGGGCGGCGGGAGGACGUAGCCACAGCCCGACGGGAAAUCAUCUCAGCAGCCGAGCACUUCUCCAUGAUCCGCGCCUCCCGCAACAAGUCGGGCGCCGCCUUUGGCGUGGCGCCUGCUCUGCCCGGCCAGGUGACCAUUCGUGUGCGAGUGCCCUACCGCGUAGUGGGGCUGGUGGUGGGCCCCAAGGGGGCAACCAUCAAGCGCAUCCAGCAGCAGACCAACACGUACAUUAUCACGCCAAGCCGCGACCGCGACCCGGUGUUCGAGAUCACGGGUGCCCCGGGCAACGUGGAGCGUGCGCGCGAGGAAAUCGAGACGCACAUCGCGGUGCGCACAGGCAAGAUCCUCGAAUACAACAAUGAAAACGACUUCCUGGCGGGGAGCCCAGAUGCCGCGCUCGAUAGCCGCUACUCGGAGGCCUGGCGGGUGCAUCCGCCGGGCUGCAAGCCCCUCUCCACCUUCCGGCAGAACAGCCUGGGCUGCAUCGGCGAGUGCGGAGUGGACUCUGGGUUUGAGGCCCCGCGCCUGGGCGAGCAGGGUGGGGACUUUGGCUACGGCGGCUACCUGUUUCCGGGCUAUGGCGUGGGCAAGCAGGACGUGUACUACAGUGUGGCUGAGACUAGCCCCCCGCUCUGGGCGGGCCAGGAGAACGCCACGCCCACCUCGGUGCUCUUCUCCUCCGCCUCCUCCUCCUCCUCCUCUUCCGCCAAGGCCCGCGCCGGUCCGCCGGGAGCGCACCGCUCUCCUGCCGCCUCCGCAGGCCCCGAGCUGGCAGGACUCCCGAGACGCCCGCCGGGAGAGCCCCUCCAGGGUUUCUCUAAACUUGGCGGGGGUGGCCUGCGGAGCCCCGGCGGCGGGCGGGAUUGCAUGGUGUGCUUCGAGAGUGAGGUGACUGCCGCCCUCGUGCCCUGCGGACACAACCUGUUCUGCAUGGAGUGUGCAGUACGCAUCUGCGAGAGGACGGACCCGGAGUGUCCCGUCUGCCACAUCACAGCCACGCAAGCCAUCCGAAUAUUCUCCUAAGUCCCCUGCCCCAUGCCUCCUGGGGCCACUCCCCAGGGGCCCGCCCUGGAGCUGUUUUCCACUGGGGCCUUUUGGAAAUCAGUGAUUUGAGGGGCAAGGUGCUUAGAGAUACUCGCUCGUUGGGGAGGGAGAGGGGAGGCGAUGGUGGCUGGAGGGUAGGCUACUGUCAGAGCCUCUGGUCACCCUGUCCUGGAAAGGUUGGGAGGGGACCAGACCAGAAAUUUUACUAGAGUUACAACUCUGAUACCUCAACACACCCUUCAAUCUGGAAGCAGCUAAGAGAAACUUUUGUUUUGCCAGAGGAGGCCGCUAAGGCAUCCUGACCCCUCUGUCCACUACCCCUUCCUCUGUGAAGGAGAUGAGGAAAGGGAGAGGGGGAAUUACCAUCUGUAUCUAGAGGCACUCUUUCCAAUCUGCAAGUCCUCUGGUCCUGACCUCCAACCUCCUAAUAUGUCCCUUUCGACCCUCCACCUCCAUAUCCUGUUUGGGAAUCUGUUCCUGGGUUUCUAACGGUAUAAGGGGGUUGGGGCCCUUUGGGAAGUCUGCAUAGAUUUUCUUGGGGGAAGGGGAGAAGCGUGUCAAUCAGUAAACGGCUCAGAACUCAUCUGUCCCUGCAAAGCUGGGCUAGGGGAACCUGGACGGGGUGCUCCUCUCUGCCCCUCCAGCUUUCCCUUUGCUUCCUCCCCCCCUUUCCUCCUUUGGGUUCUCCUUUCUCCUUUGCUCUUUCCCCAGCUCUUUUCUUUGCUUCCCCUUGGUAGUGUCACCCCCAGCCCUGUCUUGCUCUUUCUCUUUCUUCCCUUCUUCCUGCUCCUUCCUGCCCCUUCCAGCCCAGCUUUGGGGACACCAUCCCCCUGGGGAGAAGUAGGGGGAAGAACAUUUUGAUGGUUCCCCCUGAUUCCUCUUCUGGCAUCUGGAGGCCCUCUCUCCCACUCCCCCAAAGAAACACCUCAAAUUCUUGAUGGAAUGUAUCCCCAUUCUCAGAGAAAAUUUGAGGAGGGGACUAAUACUGGGGUACAUAAAGGGUCAAACCUCCACCUUUAUCAUCUUUGGGCAUUACAUUUAGGGAGCAGUUCUUGGGCUGAGUUUUCUGGCACUGGGAGGGGAGAGCCAAGGUAGUGUGUUUGCUGUUUCAAGGAGCAGGAAAGGGCCUGAGGCAGAGGAGAGGCUGCUGGAGGGAAGGACUGCUCCUCCUCCCCUGCAGUGCCCCACCCUCUGCACCCCUCUCUAGACAUGACCCGAACCCUU